AUGGACAUGCAAUCGUCGAGCGACUCCUCCCUGCCGAAGCCGGGAGAUCUCGUUUGGGCGAAGAUGAGGGGAUUUCCCCCCUGGCCUGCAAAGGUCUUGGAGAAGGACAAGAACACCCCGUUGUCUCGCAUACCUGUGAUCUUUUUUGGUACAGGAGAAAAGGCCUUCAUGAAGCCAUCGGACGUUUUCGAUUACUAUGAGAAUAAAGCACAAUAUGAAGUUCCGAGGAAACACAAGGGCUUUAAUGAAGCUGUUCAUGAGAUUCGAGUGGCAGCAGGGUUUGAAACAUCUUUCGAUGCUGACCCAUUCGGAGCUACCACUUCAAAUAAGAGCCCUUCACCUAUGUCUGGUGCGGUUAAAGUGUUAUCUGAUGUCUUUCUUCCUGGAUUUGGAGGACGACGAGCCGAUUCCGCAUCGACAAGGUCUCGAUCAAGAACUAGUAGUUCUGCAUCUGCUCUGAAGAAGCUUCAUAAAGCAAUGCAUCGUCGGCGGAUGGAUAGCGGUAGUUCCGCUGGAUCUCGUCGUGUGAAGGGUCUAGGAGGUUUCGGCGAUCGCGGACUUGAUUUCUUUGAUAAUUUCCAGACCCUGGAUGGAACGGACUUUAAUGUGUUGGAUGAUGAAGUGAAUCUGCUAGCUAAUGACGAUGCUAGGUCGAACCGAUCGAAAAGGUCGCAUACUUCUUCGAAACUUUAUGAUGAUUUAUUAACUCGAAACAGGUCGGGAAGUGCAAGCGAUGCCGGCAAAAGAAGCAGGUACCUUUUCCACUGCGAAUUUCUCCUUUCGGUUCUGUUGCUUAUAAUUUUUCUUCUAUUAUUUUAUGAUUCCAUACCUGGUACACCAGAAGCUCCUGCACCUCUUCUCAAUCCCGCAGUUUUCUGUACAGCUUGUGGUUGUGAAUGCAAAUCUCACGAUGGGAGGUGGAGUUCGUCCAAGACCGAGGUCAGUGUUGACCAGAAGUUUUUUCGCAAUAAAACUCAAAACCUGUGCUCUGCGGACUUAAAGCAUAUUGCUUCCACUCUUCACAUUUCUGUGGUUAAUGGGGUGUUUUUUUUUCAGGAAGACAAAGUUGAGAAAACGCCGGCAAUAGGUGCGGACGGCCAUCGAGAAUGCAUAUUUUGCAGUGGUCAAGUUCGACCACAAAUGUGUGGCAGCAACAGACACAGAUGGCGCUGUGUUGAUAAGAAGUGUCGAAAGUGGUAUGGUUGGGUUAAAAGUAAUGAAGAAAUCCCGAAAUACGUUAACAAAAAGGGGAAGAAAAAAAGAUAUGGCAAUCGUUCAAAGAAGGUGCUUUCAACCAGUCGUAAAGAGAAAGAAGAGGAUGACACUGGUAUGCAGUGUUUUCCACUAUUUAAUAGACUUGGGCGCCCUCCAAAAGAGCAUGGGCUAAAAAUACGGCUGAAAGGAGUAAAGGAAAGGAAGGAAGUGAGUAAUAAACGCGAUGAUUUAUAUACAUUGCGUUUGCUGCCUCUUACAGAAGAAGAAAAGAACUUCGAACCCUGUGGGAUCGAGAAACGAGUUAGAUGGUGGUUGAGUGAGAAGCGAAGGCUUGACCCUAGCCCUGAGCGGUGCGCUUUGUUAGAUUUUCACAGACAGCUUAGUGCUGAUGAAGCCCAAUCAGUAAGUGGUGCGCUAGACAUGUUAAUGGAUUCCCUCAUGGGUUCUUUCGGACCUCUUCUUACAGUGGCAUCUGUCGCUUUCAAAAACCUGGUGAAUUUGUUUUUAUUUUUAAAAGGGAUUCUACGUGAAGUGUAG